UAUUACUGUAAGAUAUUCCCCUUAAAGGAUAGGGCCAUAGCUCAGUGGCAGAGCACCUGCUUUGCAUGCAGAAAAUCCCCGGUUCACUCCCUGGUAUCUCCAGGUAGGGCUGGGAAAGUCUCCAAAGGCCUUGGAGAGCCGCUGCCAGUCAGUGUAGACAAUACUGAGUUCGAUAGACCAAUGGUCUGACUCUAAGGCAGCUUCCUGUGAUGAUAAAAUUAAUAAUAAUAAUAACAAUAACAACAACAGACAAACAUCUGCCACACAAUACACUAGAUAUAACUGUAGUCAAGAAGAAAGAAAAACAAGUUAAAAUAAUCGACAUAGCAAUACCAGGGGAUAGCACAAUAGAAGAAAAAGAAAUAGAAAAAAAUCACCAAAUACAAAGAUCUACAAAUUGAAAUUGAAAGGCUGUGGCAGAAAAAGACCAAAAUAAUCCCAGUGGUAAUUGGCGCCCUGGGUGCAGUUCCAAAAGACCUUGAAGAGCACCGCAACACCAUAGGGGCCACAGAAAUCACCAUCAGCCAAUUACAAAAAGCAACUUUACUGGGAACAGCUAUAUUCUGCGACGAUAUCUAUAACAACAACAACAACAUCCUAUAUAAUAAAAGCCUAGACCGUGAUCCCGUGUGCCCGUGUCUUUUUGGGCCGUUCUGGGCAUGCGCAGAGCGCAUGCGCAGAUCAGCCCAAAAAGAUACGGCCUCCCAGAGACGGGCGACCAUGUUGGACCAGGCCGCUGGAGAACAGGAAUGCGGGCCAAGGUGGCGGUGGCCGCGGCGGAGCAACUGGCCCCGAUGGCGGCGGCCGCCGCCACGGCGAGACCGGGAGGAGCAGAAGCGGCGGGCGGAGAGUGCGGCCGAGGAGUGCGGGCCAAGAAGGCGGGGAGACGUUGAUCUUGUCAAAGGCUGUCACCAUCACACUGGCUGCAAGAUGGGAAAUACCAACACCAAAUUGCCAACCUCACCAUCAGUCCCCAUAAAGAAGCCCCCAGGAGGCAUGAUCCAGCACUUGCAAGAGGAUAUCACAUGCUCCAUCUGCCUGGAGCCCUUUGAGGACCCCGUCUCCAUUGACUGUGGGCACAAUUUCUGCAGGUUCUGUCUCUCCGCCCAUUGGAGUGGGUUCUCACCCCAUGGUUAUCGCUGCCCUGAGUGCCGCUAUCCCUGCAGCCGUGACAGGAUAAGACCAGACACUCGUCUGCGAAGCCUGGUAGAAAAAAUUGGACAGAUCCCUCUACAAGAGAUUCACAGUGAACUGGAGGCAGCAACAGAUCAACUGCAGUCGGGACAGCCGGUGCAGCUGGUGGGUUUAGAUGAGAAUGGUGAUCUUUGUCUGGAUGAGGAGGCCCUGAGCCGUUGCCUGGAGCAGGGGCAGGUGAAGGACGCUCCUGUCUGCUUGAUCUCCAUCCUUGGGGAGCAACGGCGUGGCAAAUCCUUCUUGCUGAACUAUCUCCUUCGACGACUUCAAAACCCGGAAACUGAAGAUGCAUUGUGGAUGGGUCAGGAAGAUGAGCCGCUGACAGGAUUUGAGUGGCGACCUGGGGCUAACAGCACCACCAAGGGGGUGUGGAUAUGGAGUCAGCCGUUUUGGAUUCCCAGUGAACAAGGAAAGGUAGCUAUGUUCUUGAUGGACACAGAGGGUUCACUGGAUUUGGAAAGAAGUAAAGAAGUUAGUGUCAAGCUGUCAGCUUUCUCCAUGCUGCUCAGCUCUUAUCAGAUACUGAAUUUGGCCACCAUGAUGAAGGACACAGACUUGGAAUACCUGGAAAUGUUUGUGUAUGUAGCUGAGACAGUGGGACGCGCCUGCAGUUUAAAGCCCAUUCAGCAUCUGGAUGUCUUGGUGCGCGAUUGGUUCUUCCCACCUGUUUAUGGAAUCCAGGGAGGCCAGACAUACCUCCAUGAUAUCAUACAGAAAUUGGAAUGUCAUCCCAGCAAGCACCCACGAGCCCUGGGGGCCCUCAAAAGCAGUACCCGCUGUUACCUGAUGCCCUUCCCUGGCAAACAGGUGGUAGUAGGAACUGAGGGUACCCUAGCAGAGAUGGAUGAGGAUUUUAGGACAUGUUUGAAAGAUUAUGUGAAUGGUCUAGCCAGAUCAGCUGGAAUACAUGUAAAGAGAGACCAGAAAGGGACGGCCCUCACAGGAGCACAGCUUGCAGACAAGAUAAAGAGUUUCUCAGUGCUCAUGAAGCAACAUCAGUUUGGCUUCUCCUCAGCCACACAGAUGGCCAUCACCUUAAACAAUCUGGAUACCCAAGAAGCCCUGCAGAGGGCAUUUGCAGAGUUCAUCCGGGAACAGGAUCAGCUCUCACUCCCCCUAAUUGCAGGCCUAAAAGUUACACCCAGCAAAAUGAGACAGCGUCUUCUGGAGAAGCAGCAUGAACUAUCUGAGCAGUGUGAGAUGUUACUGCAGGGUGAUGAGCCAAGCCGGACAGAUUCCAAACUGUGGCUACAGUCCCGCUUGCAAGGCGAUGCUAACGAUUUUAUGGAACGCUAUAGCCGCCGUUACAAAUCCCACGCCCUCAAGGCUGGGAUGGCCGUUGGGGUGGGUGCUGUGGGUUUGGCAGGUGGGGUCAUAGGAGCUGGUGUGGCGGGUGCCAUUUUGGCCGCAGAAGCCAUUGUGCUGAGCACUGGUACCGCUGCCACAUUUGCCAUUGGGACCGUGGCUGGGGCAGGUACCUUUGCACUGGUUGGGGGAGGGGUGGGAGCUGGUGUAGGGAGCAGCAUUGGGAAUCGUAAAGCCCAGGAGGCCCAGAAUGUGGCUGAAGGCAAUGGAGAGGUUGAAGAAGAGGCAGAGGACCUGUCCGAAGAAAGGUGUCUCAUUAGUCAACAGAACACACAUUAGAGUUGGCAAAUAGGCGGUCCUCUGGCCUCUGCCUCUUUGCUUUCCUCUGCAGCCAAGUUGCAUAUUGCAGGAUAAUACCUUAACCUCCACUCCAGUUCUCUUGAUCUCAGAGGUGAGGGGAUAGGACAAGCAUGCUGUCCUCCCUCCCAUUAAGCACGAAGAACUGAUCUCCCCCUCCCCAGUGGUUGGUUAUGGUAUAGCAAUAUGAUACAUAUUCCUGUAUUCAUCACCAUGGAAUUGUGGACGCUCUGGUGAUGAGUGAAGGCCUAGCAAUGUGGCCUUUUGAUGCUAGGGUGAUAUGUUCCCUCUAGUGGUAGAAGAAGGAAUACUCCUUUCCUCUCUGUCUCUUUCUGCAUCCCUCUUCCUCAGUGGCAGAUGACUUGGAACAGUAGGCCUUAGAUGGAUCAGCAGGACUUUCUUGGGAUACAAGGCACUGUGUUCCACAACACCUACCGCAAAGAAACAGGCAGAGCGGAAAGGACAGGAGACCAGGAUCCUUUGACUGCUUUAAAAAAUAAAAAACCCCUAUCUGUAGCAUCAACAAGCUCAUUCUAGGAUGAACUAGGAUUACAUGGUCUAGCAGAGUAAUGCAUGACAGGACUCUGCUGCCACCACAAAGAGGUGCUAUGCAGUUCCUCAUUCCUCCGUGUUUUGCAGGAAAGGGCUGUAGUUUGGAGUCAGCAGAUGAACAGCACUCAGUUUUUAAAUGGGAUUCAUUUGCACUUUCUCCCUCCCUGCAGUGCAUUGUCAGAUGCUGAUGUUAAUCAAAUGAUAAAAACAUUCAUUGGGUUAAUGUGCAGUGCGCUGUUGAUGAAUCUCUCAGGUGUGUAUUCUGGGGUAACUGGGGGAUGCAUUUCCCUUUCCUGUUGCGCUAUAGCAAGGAGUGCUUGGAAAUUUGAACUGCCUCAUGGGAACAAAGCCUAUCCUCACAUCCUCAGGGAAGUCUCUCUUCACAUUCUCAGCAAUCUACUUUGACAUGCCCAGAACACAAAGUGGAACAUAACACCUUCUAGGAUGUCUCAGCUGAGUUACUGUCAGAAAUAUGACUAAAUUUGCUGCAUGGCAUCCAAGUGCCUUGGCUUUUAUGGCUGCUUAUGGCUAGUUCCUGCCCAACCAACCUAUUUUGGGUUGGAAAUACAAUUAUUUAUUCCA